AUGGCAGCCCGAUCUAAUUACAGGAGUGAUCAGGGCCAGAGGCUGGGGGUGGGGUGGGGUGGGGUGGGGUGGGGUGGGGUGGGGGUAGGGCUGGGGAGGGUUCGGGGCGCCGCAGAGUCAGCCAAGUGGCCACCGAGGGGCCGCUCCCCACCGCGACGGGCCUCGCCGCCCCCCUUCCGCGCGCGCGCACGCACACACAGACACACACACACACACACACUCACUCACACACGCACGCACUCACUCACUCACACUCACGCCGCGCUCCGCCGCCGCCUCACCUCUCGCUCCGCCCGGCCGGCCCCUUCCCUGCCCCCUGCGGGACCGGCCUGCUCGCAGCGCUGGAACCACGUAGGAGGCGGCGGCGGCGGCCGCGGGAGUGGCGGAGUCUCCGGCCCGGCCCAGAGUGAGCGAGCAGCGGGGCUCCAGGGCGCAUCCCAGUCCCCGCAGCGCCUCCUCCGCCGCCGCCGCCUCCUCCUUCCCCUCCUCCUGGCUUCAUUCACCCUCCCAGCAGCCGCGCAGCCGCUCACUCCCGGCGCCGGCGGGGCAGCGCCCGCCGCCGCUCCUCCGCUCCUGCCGCGCGGGCGCUGGCGGGGGCGCCGGCUCCGGGCUGGGGCGCUCGCGGGCUCGCGGCUCCGGGCGGCGGCCGCCGCACAUGAUCAGGAAGCGGCCGCACCAACAGGGCGGCGGUGGCGGCGGCGGCGGCGGCGGCAGCAGGGCCGCCGCCGCCACUCCAGCCGCGCGCCCGGCACCCGCGCGUCGGCUUCCCCCCCGCGCCCACCCCUCCGCGCCCCCCGCGCUCCCACCGCCCGGCGCCCGGCCGCGCGCAGAGUCCCGGCCCGUAGUCGCGCACCCGGCGAGGCCAGCCUCCGCCAGGGAGACCCCCCGCCCCGGGCUCCGAGGCCCGGGCGGCCACCCGCGGCGGGGGAGGGGGGAGCCCAACCCUCCUGCAGACCCACUCGCUCCGCCGCCCUCCGAGGGGAGAGGGCUGGGAAGGGUGCGGCGGGAGAGGAGGGCAGCGCGACCCCCGGCCGCCGCCGCCGCCGCCGCCGCCUACCCCUACGCCACCUCGAGGGAGGGGGACACGGUUCUCCGCACUCGCGGCCGGACCAGCAGCCGCCGGAGCGGGGCGCCGCCGCCGCUCUCCCCGCCCGCGCCCGCGCCCGCACCCCCAACCCGGGCGCGCCCCCUCGCCUGGCGGGCGCCCACCGGCCCGGCAGCCCCCUGCCGUCAGUCCCUGCGCCCCGAGCGGGGGUGUCGGCCCGGGAGGCUGGAGCGGGAGAAGGUUGUAUGUACACGUACACACACACACACACCACAACACAACACGACGCGUCGAUUUCCCUUCGCUCCUCUUCCAGCUGUUUUCUGUGCCGGCGACUGGGGUUUGGGGUUUGUUUGCUGGUUGUUGCUUUUGCCCCUCUCGGGAGAGCAGCGGCGCGCCGGGAAUCGUCCAAGAGGACUAACUCGGAUCGCCAUGCACGUUAGCCCUCCAAGCCGGUUUCGUUCCGGAACCAGGACCACGGGGCUGCGGGGAUUGCCUCGGCGUGCAACUCAGGAAAGUUUGACGAGUCCCCUCCCCCGCCUGUGCACCGUCACCUUCCCUGCCAGGGAAAGCGGGUGCCCUCCCUGCCACCCCCUUCCCCCCCCACCCCGCCACCUCCUUUUCGUGUUCUGCAGGUCUGCAAAUCUGCCCUGGGUACUGGAGUACCCAGCUCCCGCCUUGGAAGACGACCCGCGCGCUCCACUCGCAGCUAAUUCGGGAUCAUUAAUUUAAUCGGAAAUGAGGUAACCAGUGCAGGAGAUACAGAAAGCAAACCGAGCAUCAAAUGGCAGUUCUGGUGAAUCCACGCUGAAGAACUUCCUCUGCGCUCAAUUUUCAAGCGCGGUUCUCAACUGCCCACCACCCCGCCCCCUCCGCGUGUACCACCGCUGGGUGCUAGCAUCCCGGGGAGGAAAUCUUAUGUGGAAGGGUGCACCUUGCCAACAGGUGUGGCACCUGGAGGAAGAGAAGGCACAUCCAUGCGGAAGGGAGCUCGGUGCGGCGUUCUCCCUGCUGCAGAUAAUUCUGGAAGACCAGUAGGUGUCGGGGCAGCAUUUGACCUCUUUCAGGUGCUUAGAACCAAGUGUCUAGAAACACGAUCUUUCCACGUAAGUUUCUCUCUGCAAGCCACCACUGUUGACUGUAAGCUGUAUCUGAGAAACCUUUGGCUGAGUUUGCUUAUGACCUAACGGUUAGUCACCAACCGAAGCAGGGUACAGAAUCACCCAGAGAAAUGUGUCAGCUUUGAAACAACUGUAUUGUAGAGCCAACGUGCUCCAGAAAUAAAAAUAAGCCUGCUAACAACUAGGAAGGUGUGGAGCCCCGGAAAUCAUUUUUUUCUCGCAUUUUGAAAUAUCAUGCACAUAUACGUGGCUAUUUAAAUAAGACUACUGUUCACUCUUACUCGUUUCUACAACUUUUUCUUUUUCUUUUUUUUUUCCAUUUAAAAAGAAAUGCUUGUUACAGUUUAAACCCCAGGUUGGUCUAAAGUGACAUUGUUGGUCUCAUUACAGCCUCUAGUGGACAGUUAAAAUCAGUUUCCUGAAAAGGCUCUUCCUGGUGUUUUGUUGUUGACAAGCAUUGUCAAGGUGAAGGCUAAUAUCUCAGAAUGUAAGUGGGGAGUAGCUCCUCCCUCCCCCUGCUUGGCCGAGUGGGUUCCUGAAAGGAUCAGAAGCAGUUGGUUCAGCACCCAAGAGACGUAUGCUUUGUGCUGCAGGUAUAUAAUUAUUACUGGCCUGCGAAUAAACAGAGAGCUUCUGCUCCUCGUUUCUGUUUGAGACAGCUUUCAUAAAAACUAACUUCAUCUAAAAUAUUUUUGUAACAGAAAAUAUUGGUUGCCAUGUUUUUGGCUUAGCCGAGGUGUUUUUAUUCUGACUGCCCAAUCCACCUCCAGUCUAUUUUUAGACAUCUUCCAUUGAGAGUAUAUUCAGCCAAAAACAGCUAAUAUUUUAAUUAUUACAUUGACACAGGCAGUUAAUUUAAGUUAUUUUAACAACCUUAAAUUAAAACACAUAACUCAGAUUAGAGUUAGUCAAUUAAUUUAAAUGUUCCCUUAAGGAGGCUAAAUAUGUAUAUUACCCAAACAGUAAAGACAAUUAAUAAGAAAUGUGUCAUUUCCUUUCUUAGCCAUUAAGAUUAAAGCCAUAAACUGCCAUGAAAGUCUGUAACUGUUCCUUCCUGCGAGGUCUCGCUUAAAUGGUAUUCUCGCGAUACAGUUUCAUUACCUUUAGUGUUGAAACGUUUUCUUUUCAGACAGCC